AUGCACAGUCCUCCCGCCGAGGCCCCCGCGGCUGGGCCGACCGAUGCAGCCUCAGCUUCCGUAGCGCGCCGCCGCAAGUUUACCAUCCAGAGCAGCUUCGGCCAGGCUCGCGAGCGCAGGAGCCGAAAGAACCGCCCCUGCGAUGCUUGCCGUCGCCGCAAGACGGCUUGCGUCAUCACCGACCAGCCCCCAUGUCGCUUCUGUGAGACACGAGGCAUCCCCUGCCUGUCAUCCGGCACGUUGGCAGACAAGGACACAGGUGCCACCUCAGACCUUGAUCACGCCUCGCCAGACGCUGCGUCACCUCACUCAGUAUCCAUCUCAUCUCCUGCAGACUCAAUCCGACAUACGCGCCCUGACCUCUUCGCCAAUGGCUCCUCACGCCCGCCUGUAACCUCGUGGCCGACACCGUCACACGACAGCCCCAGCUCCUCUCACCACGCCUUCUCUCCCGCCCACGCGUCCUCGCAUCAGUCUGCAGCGCGAACACCAACCCAAGGCAGCCCUCACCCUUCCUCGCAAGCUGCUCUUCCUCCUGCAUUCAGUGACAAGGAUCGCACGACAGCAGUCACUCUCCCACCUCCUGCCACUAUUACUACCUUUACCAAGGGAAGCAUUGAGGGUAUGGGAAUCUGGCCCACAAACGGGCCUGGGCGCAUCCAUACACUCGAAGACAAUGUCAACAAAACUGCAAACUAUAUGGGACCAGCUGCAGAGCAAGAUACCCACGUUCUUGACUCGUUUCGCUACAUGAUUGUCAGUGAAAUUGACGAGAUUGAUGCCGACUACCUGCAAGUCUAUUCCGGCGGCGCACGACCAAACGACCCGCCCGUUCAUUUCUUGCUCUUGGAAAAUGAAGUACCUGAGUACACCAACCGACCAAAACGAGAGGCAUCAUUGGCCAUUGAAUCGAGAGUGUAUCCAUAUGGUCCCAAUCUCGUCCGUCUUUACUUCAAAUACGUUCACCCGGUGUAUCCUGUCGUCUCCAAGGUUCGAUUUCUCCGUCUGUAUAAUUCUGCAAAAGAAAAAAUCCCGGCGUCGCUUCGUGGUGCUGUUUACGCCUUGGCCACUGUCUUCUGGAACAGAGAUCCCUCGCUCAAGGGCCCAUGUCCCUGGGAGCAGCAUGAAUUGCACACGCAGGCCCAGAGCUCUCUGCGCUGCGAGCUUGAGAACCCAAACCUCGCCAACCUGCAGGCAUGUCUGUUGUUGAUUCACAUGGCUCCGCCUUGGACCGACACUGUGGAGACGCCCAGCAUCUGGAUCCUCGCAGCUCAGGCUGUCUCUAACGCCCAGAUGAGUGGUCUGCACCAAGAUCCAACAAACUGGAAUAUAGAGUCAUGGGAGAAGAGGCUUCGGAAGAAGCUGUGGUGGGCUAUAUACAUGACUGAUUGUUGGACUUCUGUCUGCCACGGUAAUCCGCCUCAUAUAUAUCGUGAAUCCUUUGACACGACGCCGCCUGACAUUGACGACAUUCGCUUCGAUGAAGAUGUGCCCGAAGAUUUAAUGCACAUGGUAGAUCCAGAUUCUUCCGUUUUCCAAGUGGCCGUUGGCGAGCGGUUCUUGGAAAUGGUUCGCAUAACCAGAAUUGUGCGCGAUAUUAUUGACUGCAGCUUUCUUGUAAACCCAGGUGCGAGGUAUGCUCAUGGCCCGGACCAUGUGCUUCACACACUAGCAGCCCAGAAGGAAAAGCUCCGUGACUGGCCUGCCCUGCUUCCCCAGUGCUUGUCCACAAGACGAAUAAAUUCAGCUCCCGCCAUCCACAACAACUGUCCACUACACUUGAUGUACCACGCCGCCAAAGUCUUACUAUUCCGGGCUAUUCUGUCUCCCGCCACAAAAGAAGCUAGAGCGGAUCCCAACUCAAGCCUACGCCGAAAUUUCAACGAAGCAGUUUAUGAAAUGCAGCAAUUCGCGACAUUCAUGGAUGAAGUCACAGAAGGUGAUUUGCAAGGCUUCUGGGGCCGUCUGGCACGGUCUCAACUUAUACUAUGUGGAAACUUCAUGAUUCACCUAUUCAUUGUGGCUUCUGGUCCGGAGGAUAUCAAAGUGGCUCACCAUGUCCUUCUGAGCUUUCACCAAUCUCUGCAGCGUCUUGCAGCUACGCAAUAUUAUGUCGGAAAGUUACUUCUUCGGCCUGUGGCACUGCGCGUUGACUCUUUCUUCUCACAAGCUGGCGAGAUUAUAAGACGUGGCGGUCACGGAUAUUGGCAGCUGGACUCUCUCAAAAUCAUCAAAGACGGCACUCUUUGA